AUGGUUCAAUCAAAAAGUUACAAAGAGACUUUAGAAGCAAACAACACCGAAAUAAAUAUAGCCGAUUUGGAACAACAAGUACAAGACCUUGAAGAGAGACCAGUUGUGACUUCAAAUAUUGAUCAAACUGAAGUCAUCAAGAGAGACAACCAAAUCGCUGAUUUGGAAAAGGCAGUUGCUGCGUUGAAAGAACAGAACACUCGACUUGAUGCUGCUAAGAAAGAUAUGAAGAAGCAAUCUGUCGAAGACGCUUCGAAGAUUAAGAAUUAUGAAUCACAGAUUAAGGCAUUUGAAGCACAAAAGAAGAUGGCAUUAGACGACAAAACGGAGGACGAGAAGACUGCUGCUGACCAAUCUGAUAGAAGAAAGAAGAUGGAAGACCAAGUCAAAGCAUUCAAUGCACAAGUCUUAUCACUUUAA